GUUUUUAUCACGGCCUCGGUGCUGCGGGUUUCGCCGCGCCGGCGCUAGCGUGCAUUUCUCGUCGUUGCUAAAAAAUUUGUGCGAGAGCAAUGUUUUUGCUAUGGCCGGAGAUGAAUUCAAUAAUCAUGAUAGGAAGAGAAUGAUAUCGCUUGCGGUAACUGAUCUCACCAUUUUUACUGUUCUGAGGCCUGUUUUCGCGGCUGCGGUUGCGUGCGGCGGGGUGCGCGAGCGCGCAGAGAGGCUGUGUCGGCGUGCGGACGCAGCGAGCACUGUUCGGCGUCGCCGUGCAGUGGCCGUUGCAGAGCUGCAGUGGCGAGGUUGGAAAGACUGGCAGACCUACCGCAUUUGCGUUGUCGGUGCUGCGCGCAUGGUGCAGUGCCGCAUCAGCGUGCGCGGUGGCGACGUUCAUAUUGCCGUCAUCUGGGCGCGGCGGUAUCUCACAGACAGCACUCGCAGCAUGGCGUCAGCUUCGGCGCUCGCGGGCACAGUCUGGAAAGUCUAUCCUCUGCUGCGCCGAACGGCGGACGCCGCGGAACAGCCUUUUAUCUAGCAGAACCUUGAAUGCCGUAGAUGACACACCAGCAUAUCGAUGCGAGAGUGUUUGCGAUGGCAACGGCUAUAGCAUGGGCGGAUGGCAUCAUCGGAUCAGACGUCUCGU